CCUGUGCCCACACGUUCGCACCGCACAAACACGCGGUCCGACUCGACGAAAAAAUACAUGAAGCAAAAUCAAAGGAAAGUCGACACACGCGGGUGUGUCUCGUGUGAUAAAGAACACCGGCGACGGGGACACGACCGCUACGACAAUUCUCUAGCCAUCCACCCCUGCGUCCCUCAAUAUACUCGGCAACACACAGGCAUACACACAGGCACACAUACACACACACACACAAUUGGCUACGAGACACAGCACCUUCUACUCUACGCUUGUGAAGGAACACUCGGACUACACACAACUAUAGUGCCUCGACUCAGGCCGCCAGAUAAAUGGCAUGCAUCAAGCGCACUAGUAGGUCUACAUAUCAGAUCUCCCCUACAGAGCCGAAAGAGAGCCGCUGCAGCUGGCUGAUGGACGCCCUCCUCCCCCGAUUGGUCGCAUUGUCGUCCUCCGAACUCAAUUCGCUCGACGACUGCUCGACCUCCUCUGCCGCAUACGAGUCCUUCUUCUUGGCGCCGCUGAUCUUGUCGCUGACCAGGGAUUUCCUCUGGACCGUCUUAUUCUGCUGUUGCUGCUGCUGCGGGGGGAUGUAAGGGAAAUUGGCGAUAGAGGGCAUAUGAAUGAUCACGCCGUCGAAAAGGGGGGUGUAUUUGGAGGCGAUGAGGACGAAGGAGAUCGACAAAAUGUUCAAUGUUGGGAAGAAGAGCAAUCUGCAUGCAGCCAAUAAAGGGUUAACAAUACUAUGCAGACCCAUGCAACGCGUGGCUGCUGACUGACAACUGACCGGUAAGCGCUGCCAAGAAACGACGCCCACAUCCACUGACCGAUCAGCACGUCAUGCCGGUUCUGCAACACAGGGCACUUCGCAUAGAUAGCGCCUUAUCGGUCACCGAAAUAAAUAAUAAACAAUAAACAAAUAAAUAAUAAACAGGACAUUCCACCCGACACACGCGACAUUCCAGGAUGUCCAGAGCGUCCAGCCAACGAGGUCCAUCACCUUCCAGCAGUGGAUCUGCAUCUCUCGUUCUGCAGCAGACAUCUCCUCCUGACAUGAGGCAUAUACGAGCACACACGUGUCUCUCUCACUCUGCCCCAUGUCUCCGGUACCUCGAUCACAAAUCUUCUGAAGAGGGCAUAGAUGACGAAGCCGACAGUCACGGCAAUGAGAAAUGACACCGCCGACACAGCCAUCGUCCCAAGAGAUGGCAGGUAGUGUACUGUGGGACGGUCGUUUGACAAGUACAGGGCGGUCGAGUUGACGUACGGGUCCACAAAGUCGUGUCCGACUCGGUGAACGAUGGCGGAGUUGGACCAGAAUAUCAAUGAAGAGAUGGUGAUCAUGCCUAUCAAAGAUGCUUCCAGCGCACCGAAGCGUUGAGCACGGGUCGAGAAGGGGUUGUGUGUAAGCCUGCAGAAUGCAGGAACGUGAGAACACAUUGUUGACGCGUUUGUUGUCAUCCGCUCACGAGGAUAGCAGAGGAUGGUCCCUCUUCGCAACCCGAGCGAGAAUCUUGCAAUUUGUCCACCGCUGGUACCGUAAUCGGUCAGCAGCUGUUCUUGCCUGAAGGAAGGAGCAAAGCAUUGCCUCUUGGUCUCCCCUUUUCUGCCUGCCGUGCUUCAUCACACCAGUGGGAUGCCGGUCUUGACAGCGUCCGCCACAGAGGGCCGGUGGUAGGUUGAGGCCACAGAGGGCCGAUGAGACUCGGUGCCCGUGUAGAAGCUCGUGAUGGUCUCACGCCUCUGCCUCUGCCUCUGCAGCUCCUCGUCCUGGCCAGUCUCUUGGCUUCCAGCAGUGGAGAGGCUUAAUGUCGAGGCCUUCAGUUGUGUGAUGAUGCGGGUGAACGAUUCGGCAGGCAAGGGGUCGGUGAACAUCAGCUGGUGACGCAGACAAGGCGACAGACAAGGCGACACGAAUGUGCAUUCGGCACUCACAACCAGCUUCCGCUUACUCUCAUGUUGCCGAGGGAGACGGCGGUCUCCUCCAGUAUCGGCUCUGACAUGUCCUCCACGAAGUAUCCGUGGGUCACUUGUGAAUCGUCCGAGGCCACAUUCAGCACCUGAGGAAAAGAACAUGGUCUCUUUUCCUGAAGGGACCACUUGCGCUCACCAGUCCGUCGUGAGUCCACCAGAUGUGUGCGGGCUGGCCAUUGACCAGCGCGAAACACCCGGAAUAGGCCACUGGUCCCUCGAAAGUGAAGGCACCCGCUGGUGUUCCCUCAAUUUCUCCCCCAUGGCUCUCUAACAGAAUUCUCCUCGCCUCCUUCGCCGCACGGAUGACUUGGGCCACCGCUGCUACGCCGCUGGGAACCAAUGUCACGUGCUGGUCCUGGUGUGCUUCCGUCAUCUCAUGGAUCGAGGGCCGCGCCGCAGAGGACACCGGUGGCUUCGGCUGCUCCGGCUGCUCCUCGUCCCCAGGCGAGCACAGUGGGACAAGAAGACUGUCCUCCUUGGAAGGCUUCUGCUGGAUCGUCUCUGUCGUCGACGUCUCAAAUGUCUGUUGCUCGAUGGCUUGGCCGACGAGCAGGUCUCUGUCCGUGUUGGUCGGCUGCAUGGACAGCAGCAGGGUGUGGUCUCGGUCGUACAGCGACACGGCGUGUUGAUCCUGCUCGAUGGUGUGAAUGUCAUCCAGCUCAAUGGCUUUGAGCGGCUGCAAAACCAAGCGAGCACAAUGAAUGGACGACAAGAUGAACGGCUACUGAUUUAUUGAGUGCUGGAUAUGACUCACUCCAUUUGUGUCAAUCAAGUGACGCCACUGAUUGAACACAACAUUGGGGGACAAGCCAUAGUACACGCCUGUCGUGCAUUCAACCGCCUUGUUCACCUUCCUGUCUGUGAAGUGGCUCGCAGGGUGCAGGAACACCUCAUAUUCCGACGUCCAUGUGUAAAAGGGCUCCUGUGUCUGCUCUCUCAACACGAAGACACUCACUGCCGCCGGCGGAGGCACCGAUAUUUCGCUCUGCUGCUGAAAUGGGGUAUCUUCUAUCUCCUCUUUCCUCGUUUCUCGCCUCAAAUGCCGUCUUGGCUGCCGUUGGGCUUUUCUCUUCUUGUUGUCGGCCUUUUGUGUGUGCUCGAUGUGGCUUUGCAUGAGGAGAACAUCAAGCUGCUCCAGGCGCUGCUCCUCCCUCCUUUGCUUGUUGGACAGCCUCUGGUGUCUUCUGGUCCCCACAGCUGCCCGAGACAGGCGCUUGGCCGUCUUACUGUGCCUUUGCUGCUCAAUCUCCUCCAGGACCGCCUGAGUGAAAGCGUCUGCUUUCUCAUGUCCGCCUCUCCUUCGCGACUCUCGGAUGGCCACCAGAGCAUCUUUGAUCGCCGAUGGAUGGUCUCCUGCGCUUGCCUCCUUCCUCUUUGCGGCUCUCGCUGGGCAGAGAGCGUUGUACAGAAGGAAGAGCGGCAGCAACGGCAGGAGGACGAGUCGCGAUGUUAUCAAGUAAACAGGGCCGAUAGUGAAGCAACCCUGACAGACAUGGCAAUUACCUUGCUUGUGUUUUUCUGUCUCUUUAUCGAGCGCACACGUACACGUACUCACCAGAAAUCUGAUUCCGGGCAUGAGAACACAGAGACUCCCGAUUCCAAAGCCUUCUCUUCUCUCGAAAGUGUCUCGGAAAAAAUAUGGCAGGCGAUCCUCAAUCGGCAUCCAAUCUUUGCGAUCCUACAUAGGCAUACAAGACGAUGGAUAUAUGUGGAUCCUCACAGACGCGUCCAAAUAAGUCACUCACCCGCAGCGACAGCGCGAUUACAGGAACGAUGAGAAAGGCGCAGGAAAAGGCGACGAAUAAGAGGCCGAUGUCGCCUGUGCACACAAAUGGCGGAGAUGCACACGCAUAUAAGCGUACGUUCUCUUUUCAGUCUACGUACCCGCCUUGAGCAUAGCCAGCAGGGCUGCCGUGUCAAAGAUAAUUGGUGGACUACCCGGCUUGGGCUCAUCAAUGGGAAAUAUUGCAGCGGCGAAGGUCGAAAGGUGUGUACACGCACACUGCAUAAAACAAAAUGAGCUGCUCCCUAUGUGUAUCUGUGUGAGAGAAACGGACCUCAAUCGAUUCGUCAGUCACUGACACGUUGCAAUGAGCGUCGAUAUACUGUUCGGCCCAUUCAUCCCACUGCAUGCAGAAGGGAACUCCUCCAAAAGGGGCAGUCGAGUUGUCAAAAGGGAACGUCAACAGCACCGAAGCGUUGCCCAAGUCGUGUAGCUUGGUUUUGUCUCGCCACAAGUCCACAGUGAUGGCUGUGUCGAGGACCUUAGCGUCUGUGGGAGUGUGCUUUGCCGAAUACGGGUUUGUUGGCAGCGUGACGAUGAGUGCUUGUGUAGCAUUUAUCAAGCUUGCGGGGGGCAGAGAGAC